AUGGCUGCUCGUAGCGACAGCACAUGGGAAGGUAUAGAAGAUCCCGACGAUGAUGACGAUCUUGGUGGUGACGGUGGUCUUAAUGGCCAUGCCUACGCCGAACCCGGACUUUGGUUUGAUGCUACAAAGGUGUUGACAAUCCUCGACAGCGCGUGGGAAGAUGUGGAAGAUGAUGGUGGUCUUAAUGGCCACGCCUACGCCGUAUCAGCGGCAGCGGUUGCUUCCGUCGCCGCCCCGGCACCUAUGGCCCCCAUGGGCCCAGCUGUUGCCGCUGCUGGCCAUGUGGCGGUCGUUGGUCCUGCUCUGGUAGCACUAAUGGUGCUGCUGGUACCGGCUGGCAUAGCCAUGCCCCCGGCCGCUGCCGCUGCCGCUGCCGCUCCCGCACCCGCCGCCCUCGCAUAG